GUUGUCCUGAACGUCCUUCAUGGCGUCGUCAUCGUCUACGCCUGUUGCUCACAAUGCUCUUCCACCACCGUCAGUGCCUUCUGCCGGUCGGUCGUCGCGAAUAGCGCCCCAUUCACACAUCAAAGGUCUCGGUUUGACGCCUGAGGGCCUUGCAACCGUUGACGGCGCUGGAUUCAUUGGUCAGACCGUUGCUCGCGAGGCAUGCGGUGUCAUUGUGGAUCUGAUAAAAUCUCGCAAAUUUUCCGGGCGAGCCCUUUUGCUUGCAGGCGCGCCGGGAACAGGCAAGACCGCCCUCGCGUUGGCUGUAUCACAUGAACUCGGGGCGAAGGUUCCCUUCUGCCCUAUGGUUGGAUCAGAGGUAUACAGCACAGAAGUCAAGAAAACAGAAGUUCUUGCAGAAGUUUUCCGAAGGGCCAUUGGCCUCCGUAUUAAAGAAACAAAGGAAGUAUAUGAGGGUGAAGUUACCGAGCUUACCCCCGCCGAGUCUGAAAAUCCCUUGAGCGGUUAUGGCAAGACUGUCUCUCACGUUAUCGUCCAUCUCAAGACAGUCAAGGGCGUCAAGCAACUACGCCUUGAUCCUAGCAUAUAUGAAUCAAUACUGAAGGAAAAGAUCGUGGUGGGAGAUGUCAUUUACAUUGAAGCCAACACUGGGGCAGUCAAGGAGACCUAUGUCCCCCUCCCUAAGGGUGAUGUCCAUAAACGUAAAGAAUUGGUCCAGGAUGUUACUUUGGGAGAUUUAGACGCAGCAAAUGCCCGACCUCAAGGCGGACAAGAUAUCAUGAGCGUCAUGGGUAGUCUUGUAAAAAGUGGACGUACCGAAGUUACAGAUAAACUCCGGCGCGAAGUUAACAAGGUCGUCAAAGGUUAUGUCGACCAGGGAGUGGCCGAGGUGGUACCAGGAGUCGUGUUCAUUGACGAGGUGCAUAUGUUGGACAUUGAGUGUUUCACCUACCUGAAUGCGCUUCUGGAAUCUCCCAUGGCUCCCACCGUCAUUCUUGCGACAAAUCGUGGUAAUGCGCUGGUACGAGGGACGACUGACAUCAUAUCUCCUCAUGGUAUUCCCAUCGACCUGUUGGACAGGUGCAUGAUUGUUAAAACUGAAGGAUAUACCCGUGAACAGGUUGGAAAAGUUGUUCAACUUCGUGCGGACGUCGAGGGUCUUAAAUUGAGUCCUGCCGUUCUCGCACGACUGGCAGCAGAGGGAGAAAAGAGCUCACUAAGAUACGCCCUUCAACUACUCGCACCUGCAUCAAUCCUAGCCAAGCUGGCGGGUAGGUCGCAGAUUGAGGACGAGGAUAUUGCCGAGAUGAAUGAAUUGUUCCUUGACGCCAAAACAUCUGCGGCAAAUAUUGGGGACCACGUAGCCGAUGGUGACAAAAUGAGCUUGUAGAAAAAUGCCUUUCGUUAUGGAGUCUCUUGUUGUUUUGCUAUAUAAUUCAUAAAGUAGUGUUGCUCGUUCUCCGUGCCAGUUAACCCCUAUCCUUUGUUUGUUCCUGUUGCAACUCGAGGUUGUUGAAAGGACACAGCCACCAUUUCUU